CAAAAAUCCGAUGUUUUGUCUGCCGCUUGGAACAAAUGACCGCUACCGUCAGGUUGUUCCACCAAAGUCCAAGACGCCCAAAAUGACAAUGCCCGACAACGACGACAACGACGCGAUUCUCCGGGACGUCUUUUAUGCGUAUGCGAACGCGCCUGGCGGCCGCAUGACCAACGCGGGCUUCCGCCGAAUGGCGCACGAUGCUCCAAACCUCCUCACGCCGUGGUUCACGACCGUCGACGUCGAUCUCGUCUACGCCCAAGCCAGCGGGCCGCUGCGAUCGCAUUUGGACGUGCUCAGUUUCGUCGAAGCUCUCGUGCUCUUAGCGUGGCGCAAGUUUCCCGAGGAGACGCAGCAGGAGGCGCUGCGACGACUCUUGCAUGAAGCCAUUUUCUUGCUGACAUCGGCGCCCAAGAGCGCACAUGCCCGCGCGGCAACGUUUGCCUCUCGGCGACUUGCGCUCUCCGCCAACUACGAGGUCGCAUCACAUCUUUCGACCAACCAAGACGACGUCGAUGCGUUCGAGUCGUGCCCGACACUGCCCUGUCUGCACUCGAUCGAUGAAGCACCAAGAGAGCUCGCGCACGAUGACUCGUGGGUCGUUCGCGAACGAAAGGAGUGGGGUCACCACGUGGCUGCUCGGCUCAUCGGGCGACUGGCGACCCGCCACGCGCGAGAUGCUCGCCUUGCCGACGAGCGAGAGGCCUUCCAACACUGGCAUCGGACAACGCAGCUCGACGUCUCUCGAUCGAAUAUGCUGCGACGGCUGUUUACGCGGCGACAGUACACCCAUGGCCGGUUGUUGUCGGCUCUAUCAGCAUGGAAGAAGGUCGUGGCACACGAGCAAGCUCGACAACGCAGUCGAAUACGGCGGUUGGCGGCGCUUCGGCGAAUGGAAUACCGUCGUCUGCGGCGUCUCUGGACGCGAUGGAGAGCGGCUCAUGCCGAGCAGCGGCACCUUUGGCGCGUUCUCACAUGUCUGGGACACCGAAUGCACCGGGCGUGGAAGGCUGAGAGCUUUCAUCUGUGGCACCAAAUGGCCCUGCACCAUCGCGCUCAACUUGUCUGUCGCCGUGCGGCCCGCCUCGCCUUUGACCUGAUGCAUCGGCGCAUACGAUAUCUGCGCUGCGGCUGGAGGCGGUGGCAAGACGCUGUGCGACGCCAUGUGCUCUUGGCCUCGAUCGUUCAUACAACCCACCGCCGCCGACGCCACGCGGCUUGUCACAUUCUAUACCGCUUCUGGCUCGACAAGGCGUAUUGCCAGCACCGCCUUCAGUGUGCGGACUCUGCGCUGCGAGCGUCGAAACAGCGUCUUGGGCUGCGGCUUUGGCAUUUGCGCGCCCGUCAGUGCACCGACAUCCUCGCGUGGCACCACGCACGACAGACGCACGCGCAAGAACACGUAUGGCGCACAUGGCUGGACAUUCUGCGAAAGAAAGAAGCUCGCCGCGAACAACGUCGACGCGCACACGACGUCGACACCCGUCGCCUCUACAAGAUUGCAUUUCACCACUGGCGCCUCGCUCUGCGAAAACAAAGCCAAAUGCGAAUGCAGCGUCUGCAAUGGCAGCUCGCCUUGUCGAGCGUAGGCGCGCACAUCAAGCGAGCGCGGCGCCAGGAGACGACCCAAGCCUUCUGCAAGUGGCGCAACGAUACAAACGCGAUGAAGUAUCAAAAACGCCACACACGCAGCGAGAAGCUGCGAUCGAUCUUCGCGCGAGCCUACGACCAAAGCGUUCGACCUCAAUUGAGCGCGGCGUUCCAACUCUGGUGCUUGGCCCACGCGUCGCAGUCGUCGCGGGUGGUCCGCGCCUGGCGAUCGUCAAGGCAACGCACUGCGCUUCAACAUCUUUCGCGAUGGUUAGCAAGACGGCAAGAGAGAGUGGUCCGCCGCCGAUGGAGCGUAUGGCGGCUGCACCAGCCGCAGUGGGCGACGCGUGCACUCGCUCGAUGCCUACGGACACAUCGACGACGGUUUGUGCAGAUGGCAUGGACGUGUUGGCGGCGGCGUCUUUACCAGCAGCGCCAUCUCGACGCCAUCGAGGACCGUCGAUCGCUUGCACUGCGUCGAUCCGUGUGGACGCGUUGGACAAGUGCCGUCGACAUUGGCCAGAAGCAGCGACAGCUCGACGCCAUAUCGGUUCUGCAUCGAGCGCAGCAACUGCGCCAUUGCUUGCUCAUUCGUGUCAAACAAAUGCGAACGAUGAGAUUUCGUCACUGGCGCAAUACUGUGCUAGCAAACGAGCUCACACAACUUCGAGCAAAAGUGCGAGUUCUGCGAUUGCGCCGCUACAGCGGAAUAUGGACCAAGUAUCGCCAAGCGCAAGGCUUCCGGACGUGGAGGGUGUUUGCGUGCGCACAGCGCGAGCACUUGGUCGGCGUCGCACACCGCAUUGCUGCUUUGGCGCUCUGGCACACACUUGUCGCCCGUCGUGCCACGUAUCGGAAAGUGCAAUUCGGUUUCAUGACGUGGCGCCGUCACAGCGACGCGUGGCAUCGCGCCACUUUAGCGUCUUUGCACAAUCAGUUGAGUGCCAACCGGCGACUACGUCUGACAAAUGCGUGGCAGCAGUGGACGUCAAUGCGGCUUCGGCAAAGCCUCUUCAAGACCACACGCGCCCGGGCGAUAGCCGGACUGAGUGCCGUGCUCCGAGCCAGAGCCAGACAAAUGACGCAGUUUGCGUGGCAUCAGUGGAACAACGAGACACGCUACCGCACUUGCUUGCAUCGGAUCGUCGCGCGGCGACGGCGGAGCGUCCAACGCCACGUGCUUUUGCAUUGGCGCGUCCGAAGUCGCUUUGUCGUGCCGCUGUACCGUGCAACCGCCCGCCGCGUUCUUCUUGGUAUGAACCGAUGGCAAAUGCGACGCGCAUGGCGGCACUGGCAAGGGUCCUUGCCUCACGUCUGGAAAGUGCGCUGCGACCUUGCGACCGGUCGAAACUACUAUGAAAAUGGAUGGACGGGCCUUGUGCAGUGGCAGUCCCCCUACCCUGCGCCGCCAGUGGACCCUGCGUAUAUGAACGGCUGCACGCUGCUACUGCGCUGGGCGUCUCGACAGCCGCGACGGCGACAGCUCCGUGCUUGGCUUCACUGGCGUACUGUUGUUGCAAACAUCAACCAGCGCGUCUUUCUUCGGACGUUUUACCACUGGCGCACGACGACUGUGAUGAAGCGUGCCCUGGUCGAAAUGGAGCAGCACGUACAACAGAGCCGCCACCGCGUCAUUGCGGUAUCGGCCUCAUUCUGCACGCAGCUUCGCACGUGGUACGCGUGGAAACAACAGAGACGUUGCAACGAGGCGGCGCACCAGCGUCUGCGCCGUUCAGUCGCCAGCACAAACACCCGCAUCCUCAUCCGCGCGCUGCUGACGUGGAAGGCAGCCUUGCGUUUGGCGCGCACCGAGGGGUCGCAGCGCGUGUCUAGCUAUCGGCACCGUCUCUUGUCCGUCGCUGCCGCGCGCAUGGCAUCGUGGGCGCAAGUGCAGCUAGCACGCCGAUGGUGGCAGUGGCAAGCGCACACGCAGCAUCUUCGAGAGCUUGAAACCCGCCUCGUACUGCGCCACAAAGGCGCCAUGAUGCGAUCAAGUCUGCGGGCGUGGCGGCAGCAUGCGGUUGCGUGCCGCCAGCGUACAGUUUUUCUUCAGUCCCGUCAGACCAACCACGUCGACCGCACCUUUCGGGACUGGAGGCUCCGGCAUCGUGCUCGGCUUCUAGCGCGCACUGGUAGCGCAGCCCUUGUGACGACGUUGUCACGAUGUGUUGUUCGUACCGCAUGGCGUCAGUGGCGCACCCGAGUUGGCCAGUGUCAUGUCCUUUCCAAGCUCCUCGUGCAUCACGCUCGACGUCGGCUACGAAAUGGAUACUGGCACUGGCGCGUGUUCAGUACCGUCGCGAAGAGCCACGCGACGCGGGAUCUUAGUCGUGUUUGGCAGCAGUGGAAGCGCCGGCAUGAACGUACAGGUCGUGUUCGGUGGCACUGGCGUCUCGCCGCGGCUAUGCUUGCGCGCUACCUCCUUCGCAUGCGCUGGUUCACGUGGCGUCGCGCCACGCAGCUGCGUAGAGCGUGUAGCAAGUUAUGGCGGCACCGAAGCCGUCAGCAACAAGGGCUCGCGUUGCGGUUCUGGCAGCAGCGUCAAAUCAUCUUACAAACCUUGCAUGAAGUCUUGCGGCGUGGAGUGCACCGCGUCGCGUCGGCUCGGUUGCGCCGUGGUCUCGCAAUGUGGGCGCUAUGGGUCGUCCAUGCACGGGGCACACAGCUCAUGCAGCACCACCUUCGCGGGUUUGCCAAAGCCCAGCAGCACGCCCACCGCGUCCUACGGCAGCAUGAGCGCCGCUUCCAGUACGCCAAACUUGCUCUGGGGCUUCAGCACCUCGCGACGCAUCAUCGACGACUGACGGAAGCGGCGAUGCGCUGGUGGCAGCAGUGGCACGUCGCAUGCGCCAUUCGGCUCCACGAUCUCCGUCGCCGCCAACUCUCUCGCUUUCUCCAGCGCUCGUGGCGGUGCUGGCAGCAACUCGUCACCAGCGCUGUCGAGUGCCACCGUCGCCUCGCGUGGCACCUGGCCGACCGUGCCUUUCAACAGCAGCGGCAGCGCUUUGCGCGUUGGCGGCACUGGGCGUCGACGCGCCGACGCCGUCAAAAUGCGUUCUUUGCACGCCAUCGUACGACGAUACUACGUACCGGUUUUGUCUCGUGGCGAACGUGGCUUCGUCGAUGCCUCUACGACGUCCUCACGCUGCGUACUACCUUUGCUCUGUGGCAGCGGUGGAUGCUGACACGUCACUACAGAGCUUUGCAAAAUCAGAAUACCACCUACUUUGUCAAGCACCGGGCGCUCCAAACGUGGCGACGGCAAGUGCAACGGCAGUUGCAGCGUCGGCGCAUCGGCAUCUGCCGCCUGUCUCACUUUGCACUUCGGUUUCUGCUUCGUGCGUGGCAAAUCGCCUGCCGCCGGCGCCGACCGAGUCGUCUCCAGCGCCCGCGGCGUCUUCUAUCGCAUCCCGUCUACAUCGCAUUUGCAUCGUCGCGCGCACGGCCCCGUGCGAGCCGCAAGCUCCUCGCGCUGUUGACGCUCCGCGCCCGACGCUCGCUCGUUACCAGUUGGGCGCGCUGGCAGCGACACGCGCUGCACGCUCAGCUCUGGGAUGCAGUGACACAUCGAGACGCGACGUCGACAGCCUACUGGCUUUUGGCUGCGUUUGCUCGAUGGCGUCGCUUUCUCCUCUACCGACGUCAGCAACGGCACGACCGAUGCAACCGUGUCUUCCGACCCUGGGUGCGACUCGUCCGCGAGAGGCGACUGCGACACCGCCUCGUGACGUGGCACACACGGCGCAACGCGAUCAACGCGUCGGCGUCGUGGGUCACGUUGGUGUUCCACCUCUGGCGUCACUCGGCCAAUGUCCACAGAGUCGCGCGGCACCGCGUCCGUAUCCAACGAGCGAUUGCGUCGGCGAGCGUCAACCUCGGCGCUCGCAAGCUCGUGUGGUGUAUCGCCAAGCGAGAAGUCCGUCACAUUGUCUCUCGGUUCGCGCACUGGACGUUCGCCACGAGUUAUCGGCACCACCUGCAUCCGCCACGACUGCACAGCAGCGCGCCGCUGGCUCAGCGUCUGGCGUUGAUUCGACACAUGCUGCGCUGCGGCAAGGUCGCACUCUGCGAUGCGUACGAGCGUCUCGUGACCUUCGAGGCCGCCAACAACGACACAAUUGUAGUCAAUUCCCACAUGUACUAAGUGAAGGGCGUCAUGCUUCUUUACGCCGUUUCUAGUCGUGUGAAUGUGAGUGCGACUGCCAGGAG